GAAUUCUUUAUAAAGCGCCCAACGCCACCAGUUGUUUGGCACAGAGUAUCAGGCUUCUCAUUUUCUGGCUACGGGGGGACACUGUAAGGAGCAAUGAAGUUGUUGGUGUUGGUGGCUGUGACAGCCUGCUUCCUACAGGCUGGAUUCUCAUUUAAAAUCGCCUCCUUCAAUAUACAGAGAUUUAGCAUGACGAAAGUGGAUGAUCCAGUGGUGUUAGAACUCUUGAUCCGGAUCCUGAGCAGAUACGAAGUUAUUGCCAUUGAGGAGGUGAUGAAUGCGGAUAACACAGCGAUUAUCAGUCUUGUCAAGGAGCUCAGCUUAGCCACCAAACUGAAUUACAACGUGCUGAUUUCUGAUCAUCUGGGCCGCAGUUCUUACCGUGAGAAGUACGCCUAUAUAUACAGGGAGGAUAUCGUAAAGCCUGUUGAGUGGUAUCACUAUGAUGAUGGCUGCGAGAACUGCGGCACGGACAGCUUCAUCCGAGAACCUUUUGUAGCUCGAUUCACUUCCCUCACUACCGUGGUGAAGGAUUUUGCCCUGAUUUCCAUUCACACAAGUCCAGACUACGCUGUCAUGGAGGUGGACGCCCUAUAUGAUGCGUGGGUGGAUGCCAAGCAGCGGCUGAAGAUGGAGAAUAUUCUGAUUUUGGGAGACUACAAUGCUGCCUGCAGUUAUGUAGCUGCCAGGCACUGGCCAAUAAUCCGUCUUCGUCAUGCUGAAGAACUUGCCUGGCUUAUUGGUGAUAAAGAGGACACCACAGUGAGCACAAACACCAACUGUGCAUAUGACCGGAUGGUUGCCGGCGGCCAGCAAUUGCAGAGUGGCAUUAUCCCGGGCACAGCCAAAGCCUUCAACUACCAUGUGGCAUAUGACCUGACUUAUGAAAUGGCCAAAGCAGUGUCUGACCACUACCCCAUUGAAGUGGAGCUGUACGAAGAUGUGUUAUACAGUGGCCAGAGUUUUGUGCCCAGCGCCAGCACUGGGAUAAGUGGUGGCCUCUCUGUCAAUGGCCCCUGUACCUGUGAAGGGGUGGAUUUUACAUCCUGCCGUGGGCGCUGCGGGUCCUCUGGAAAAACCUUUCCCUGUAACUGUAAUGCUUCAUGCACCAACUGCUGUGUUGACUAUGCUAGUUCUUGUAAAUUAUAAAGUCACAUAGGCAAUGGGGCUAACCAAUGCUGUCUAAACUGUCAUGGACUAACUCAAUAAACAGCACGUUGCUUAUGCGCUAA